AUGGAUUAUAUCAAGGUUUCAAGCAUCCAAGCUGCAAGCCAGUUCAAUUUCAGCCAAUCCCAUAACCAAAGCAAAGUCAUCAAACUUUUGCUCUCUGUCUCAGUCUUGUCAAUUUUAUUGUCCUACUCUUCUUUGGUUUCUUUACUUCUUCAUUCCUUCAAUGCCUUCACAUCUGCAGCUUCUGUGAAACUGUUCAGCUACAGCUUUGAUAAGAACUACAUGUUCUUGCUCUGCAAUGGACUUCUGGUGUUUAUUGUCAAGAAUUCUGGUCUUAUUGGAACUUCUCCACCAGGAAGUACUAAUCUUAACAAUGAUGAACAUGCUCCGAAGAACAGCGAAAACCGGCAAAGAGUUGUCGAAUUGGAAGAGACAAAGGCACCAAAAGCAAAGGAAGAAGUUGUCAAUGUGGAAGUUGAACAAGAGCAACUGAAAUCAGAGACUUGA